UCCACCAUUAUCCAUUAUGGCACCGUUGGCUUGUUUAUAUGUGUGUUGAGCUUUGAGCUGUGUGUGAGCGAAACUUUAAUUUUCCACGAAGGCUUCUAGUUUCUGCGAACGACAAAACAACAGACGAAGCUGCAAGAUGCCACGGAUUAUGAUCAAAGGCGGUGUUUGGAGGAACACCGAAGAUGAAAUUCUGAAAGCAGCUGUAAUGAAAUAUGGCAAAAACCAGUGGUCUCGGAUUGCAUCCCUGCUACACCGGAAAUCAGCAAAGCAGUGCAAAGCCAGAUGGUAUGAAUGGCUGGAUCCAAGUAUCAAGAAAACAGAAUGGACCAGAGAAGAAGAGGAGAAGCUUUUACAUCUGGCUAAGCUGAUGCCCACCCAGUGGAGGACCAUUGCACCCAUCAUUGGCCGCACAGCAGCUCAGUGUUUGGAACACUAUGAGUACCUUCUAGACCAGGCUCAGAAGAAAGAGGAGGAUGGAGAUGCCUUGGAUGAUCCCCGGAAAUUGAAGCCGGGUGAGAUCGACCCAAAUCCAGAAACCAAGCCUGCUCGGCCAGAUCCAAAGGACAUGGACGAGGACGAGUUGGAGAUGCUCUCGGAAGCCCGUGCCCGUCUUGCAAACACCCAGGGGAAGAAGGCAAAGCGCAAAGCCCGGGAGAAGCAGCUGGAGGAAGCGCGACGACUGGCAGCCCUGCAGAAGCGGCGGGAACUGCGUCUGGCGGGAAUCCAGCUCCCUCCCCGGAGGCGCAGGCACCACGGCAUAGAUUACAAUAAGGAGGUCCCAUUUGAAAAGAAGCCAGCCCCUGGGCUCUAUGACACAUCGGAGGAGACCUAUGACCCCAUGGAAGCGGACUUCAGGAGACUUAGGCAGCAGCACUUGGAUGGGGAAAUGCGCUCAGAGAAAGAAGAGCGAGAACGGCGCAAAGACAAGCAGAAGCUUAAACAGCGCAAGGAGAAUGACGUCCCAUCGUCCAUGAUGCCAGGCAGUGGAGAGCCGGCCCGCAAACGCAGUAAAUUGGUCUUGCCUGAGCCACAGAUCUCGGAGGCUGAACUGGAACAAGUGGUGAAACUUGGCAGGGCAAGUGAGGCAGCCCGUGAGACAGCCCAGGAGGCGGGACAUAGGGCAUCGGAGGCACUGCUGGCUGAUUACAACAGCCUCACCCCAUCUUCACUUCGCACACCCAAGUUACCUUCCUUGAGCAGAGAUACUAUACUCAUGGAAGCGCAGAAUAUAAUGGCGCUGAGCAAUGUUGAUACUCCCUUGAAAGGAGGUCUCAACACACCUCUCCAUGAAACGGAAUUGAGCAACGCCACACCCCGAAAGGGUCCAAUCACUGGUACCCCAAAUAAUCUCAUAGUGACACCAUUCAGGACACCAGGGCCAUCCAUUGAAGGGGGAACACCACGGGGUGCGAAGACUCCUGGCAGCACACCAAGUCAGGCACCUGGGGGAACCCCUCUGCGGGACAAGCUGAACAUCAACCCGGAGGAGAACCUCGGUUUCGACAGUAACCAGUCUGCCAAACAGUUCCAGAAAGAAACGAAGCAGCAGUUGUUGAAGGCGUUGUCGUCGCUGCCAGCCCCCAAAAAUGACUAUGAGAUCGUGGUUCCUGAAGAUGAUCCAUCAAUGGAUGAGACAGUAGUUGAAGAAAGGCUUGUCGAAGAUCAAGCAGAGAUAGAUGCCUUGGAGGAACAGGAAAGACUCAGGAAGUUGGAAGCGGAACACAAGCUGUUGUCGCAAGUGCUCCAACGUGAUCUGCCACGCCCUCAAGAUGUGAACGCAUCUGUGUUGCGACCACCACAGACGGAACCUCCUCUAACGGAGCUUCAGCGAGCCGAAGAGCUUAUUAAACAGGAGAUGCUUGUGAUGCAGCACCACGAUGCCCUGCACAGGCCACCUUCCACUGUUGCUGGAUCUCGCAAGGGUGCAGGCGGCAUGGAAGAGGCGCAGCACUUGGCAUACCUGGAGAAACACCCCUACGAAAAAUACACCUCUGAGGACUUGGAAGCGGCUAGAUCAGUCCUGCACGCUGAAAUGGAUGUGGUCCGCAAAGGCAUGGGCCAUGGUGACCUGAGCUUGGAAGCCUACAGCCAAGUAUGGGACGAGUGCCUGGCACAGGUGCUUUUCCUUCCGACACAGAACAGGUACACAAGGGCCAACCUUGCCUCCAAGAAAGACCGCAUCGAGUCUCUUGACAAACGGUUAGAGCAAAAUCGUCUGUACAUGACAAGAGAAGCCAAGAAAGCUGCAAAAAUUGAGAAGAAACUCAGAGUGCUUCUUGGUGGCUACCAGUCAAGAGGCCAGGCACUCAUCAAGCAGAUCCAGGAGCUGGCAGAACAGAUUGAACAGACACAUUUGGAAUUGAAGACAUUCGAGGCACUACAAGACCACGAGGCUCUUGCAAUCCCAAAGAGAGUAGAGGCUUUGACAGAAGAUGUCAACAGACAAGUUGAAAGAGAGAAAAGCCUCCAGAAACGGUACAGAGACCUCCUUCAGCAGAAGGAACUGCUCCAGGAAGCAAUGAUCGAUCUCAGUAAAGCCUAACAUUAUCACUUCUCGUACAUUUUGCACAUACCCCACAAACAUCUGAAUAAAAUCUAUUGAGUUCCACCGUCAA